UAAAUCGGUUUCAUUGAAUAAAGACAUCGACAAAAGGGGAUAUACGAACCGGCGUCCAGAUACUAUUUCAGUGGAGCCUCUCUUCUGAUUUCGGAAUGAGCCAGCCCACUACGACCCCCACUUGCCUUUACGCAGACACGCUUCAGGGGCGCGCUCACGCACACACAUAAAAAACAUUCGCCGGGUAGGAAGGUAGCUGAAGGGGUUGAGUUCAAAGAACACGGCGAACGAUGCUCCUGCGGCUUGGCGGACACAUUGGACAAUAAUGGGUCGAUAUAUUCAAUUAAAUAUCGGUAGAAUAUAACAUUCACAUAGACAGACAUUUAUUUUAUAUAGGAUAAAACCAAGGUUGGAGCUUUCUGUUGGCUAUUUUUUCACACAUAUUGCAUGCAAACUAUGGAUGACUAGACUUGUCAAGUGAGCCGCUUCACUUUUGCUUCAACCAAUGAAUUGGCCUCGCGAAUCGCAACAUUCAUAAGCAAACACCGGAGAGGAGCAGCACAUCCACCGUGGCUUUCAAGGCAAAACGGAUUUGACAGCUGUGUUGGCGAGGAGAGGACCCGGAUCCACCGUCCUGGAUUACUGCUGGAGUGGGCCAUUAGGCUGCUGGCCACCGGUAACAGAGGCACCAUGGCCGGCUUCAUCCCGGGUUUACUGCCGACCAACCAUUCCCAGGAAAAGGAAUUCGCACAGGCGUACGAAGAUGUUCUGGAGAGAUACAAAGAUGAGCGAGACAGGGUGCAGAAGAAAACCUUCAUGAAAUGGGUGAACAAACAUCUCAUCAAGGUGAGGAAGCACAUCACAGACCUGUACGAGGACCUGAGAGAUGGACACAACUUGAUCUCCCUCCUGGAGGUCCUCUCUGGAGUCACCCUGCCCAGGGAAAAGGGUCGCAUGCGAUUCCACCGGCUCCAGAAUGUCCAAAUCGCCCUGGACUUCCUCAAACAGAGACAGGUCAAACUGGUGAACAUCCGGAACGAUGACAUCACAGACGGCAACCCCAAGCUGACACUGGGCCUCAUCUGGACCAUCAUCCUGCACUUCCAGAUCUCAGAGAUCUAUGUGAGUGGUGAGUCAGGGGACCUGACGGCUAAGGAGAAGCUGUUGUUAUGGAGCCAGCAGGCCACAGAGGGUUGGCCUGGCCUCCGCUGUACCAACUUCUCCUCCUCCUGGAGCGACGGACGCAUGUUCAACGCCCUGCUCCACCGAUUCAGGCCAGACCUGAUUGACAUGGAGGUGGUGGCGCAGCAGAGUAACCUUGACAACCUGGAGCAGGCCUUUGAGAUCGCCGAGUCACUAGGGGUGACCAGACUUCUGGACGCUGAAGAUGUGGACGUUCCAUCUCCAGAUGAGAAGUCGGUCAUCACAUACGUCUCCUCCAUCUACGAUGCCUUCCCCAAGAUCCCAGAGGGAGCAGAGGGCAUCGCAGCACAUGAGGUGGACCACCGCUGGGCAGAGUACCGGUCUCGUUUCUCCACGCUGCUCCAGUGGAGCCGGCAGCACACGGCCCUCAUGGCCAACAAGAACUUCCCACUGAGCCCUGUGGAGCUCAAGGCACUUUACAAUGAGUACGUCCAUUUCAAAGAGACAGAGAUCCCUGCCAAGGAGAUGGAGAAGAGUCACAUAGAACACCUCUACAAACUGCUGGAGGUAUGGAUGGAGUUUGGGCGCAUCAAGCUGCCCCAGGGCCUGCACCCCAACGACCUAGAAGAAGAGUGGGGAAAACUGAUCCUGGAGAUGCUGGAGAGAGAGAAGGCCCUGCGGCCCGCUGUGGAGAGACUGGAGUUAUUGCUGCAGAUGGCCAAUAAGAUCCAGAACAUGGCCCUGGAUUGUGAGGAGAAACUCACCCUGGCCAAGAACACACUACAGGCCGACAUGUCCCUGGUGGAGAGUGGCGAGGCGGUGCGUUGUGAGAGGGAGCUGGGGGUGUACCUGCAGGACUGUGAGGCUCUGAUCAGACAGCUCAACCUGGACCUCAACAUCCUCAGAGACGAGAAGUACUACCAGGUGGAGCAGCUCGCCUUCAGAGUGUCCUGUCUACAAGAGGAGCUGGUCUCUCUCCGGCUCCAGUGCUCCAGCGUCUACAAGAAGGGCCACUUCUCCCCAGUGACGGGGGGAGACCGUACGGCCCCACGGGGGAGCGACAGUGGUCUCUCCCUGUCCACGGGGUCCCAGACCCUGCUGGGGGCAGUAUUGCUCAGGAGACCCAUGUCCCGCUCUCAGCUGGUGGCCAUGUCAUCCUCGGAGGACGAAGGAAGUCUCCGGUUCAUCUAUGAGCUCCUGGGAUGGGUGGAGGAGACACAGGAGGUGCUGGAGCGUGCCGAGUGGGGGGCAGACCUGCCCUCUGUAGAGCAGAACCUCCAGGACCACCACAACAUCCACACUGCCGCGGAGGAACUACUGCACAGCCUGAAGGAGGCCCGCAACUACGAGACGAAAGUCUCUCCUAACUUCAGGAGCAGUUAUUCUGACACUCUGGCCAAGCUAGAGCAUCAAUACUGCAAACUGCUGGAACACUCGUCAUGGCGUCUACGCUGCCUGGAGAGCCUGCAUGCGUUUGUGUGUCACUGUACAGAGGAGCUGAUCUGGCUCAACGAGCGAGAAGAGGAGGAACUGGCCUACGACUGGAGUCAAAACAAUACAAAUGUCAAUGCCAAGAGAGAACUAUACGCCGAAAUGAGGUCAGAGCUGGAGGAGAAACAGGAAGUGAUGCACUCGCUGCAGGAAACAGCCGAUCGGCUCUGUCAGGAGAACCACCCGGCCAAACAGACAGUGGAGGCGUACAGUGCAGCGCUGCAGACCCAGUGGCAGUGGGUGCGCCAGCUGUGUGUGUGUGUGGAGCAGCACCUCAAAGACAAUACUGUCUACUUCCAGUUUGUGAGUGACGCACGGGACUGCGAGACGUACCUGCGUCAGCUACAGGACACCAUAAAGAGACAGUACACCUGUGACAAGAACAGCAGGCUGGGCAAGCUGGAGGACCUGCUACAAGACUCUAUGGAGGAGAAGGAGCAGCUGAUUGAGUACCGCAGCUCGGUGGCCAGCCUGGUGGGCCGUGCCAAGACGGUGGUGCAGCUCCGCCCCCGCAGCGCUGAGAGCACCCUGGGAAGCACCACGCCCAUCCGCGCCAUCUGUGACUACCGGCAGAUAGAGGCUACCGUUCAGAUCACCAUCAGCCGAGGUGAGGAGUGUGUGUUGGAGGACAACUCUCAGAGGACAAAAUGGAAGGUGAUCAGCCCCAGUGGGAACGAGGCUAUGGUGCCGUCAGUCUGCUUCACCGUGCCACCGCCCAACCAGGAGGCCAUGGACACCGCCAGCAGGAUGGAGCAGAUGUACCAGAACGUGAUGUCUCUAUGGCACCAGCUACACGUCAACAUGAAGAGUGUGGUCUGCUGGCACUACCUGCAGAAAGACAUCAGGACCGUCUCCUCCUGGAGCCUAGACACGGUGCGUUCUCAGCCCCCUGUGGAGAGGGACCAGGCUCUGGACCACUUGGAGGCCCACCUGGCUGACUUCCUCUCUGACAGCAAAGAGAGCGCCCUCUUCACCCCCACUGAGAGACGCGAGCUGGAGCGAGACGCCCACACCGCCCAGGAGCAUUGCCAGGACCUGCUGGUCAACAUGGAGACAGUGGAGAAGGAUGAGUCUGUGUCUCGGUCCUACCUGUCAGAGCUCCAGAACAUUAAACUGCGUCUGGAGGAGGCUGAGCAAAGGCUGAUGCGUGGCAUUCAGACUCUGCCCCCUAGCAACCUAUCGGGCGACAGCGUCAAUAAUUCUGUUCAAAUUGCAGAGCAUGAGAAGCUGCAGUCGGACCUGGAUGGUCUGCGGACCAGUCUUGGUGAGGUGUCGCGGCGCUGUGUGAGUUUCUUUGAGGAGAAGCCCACCUCCUCCAGUGUUCCCAUGUUGCGCUCUGAACUCAACCUGGCUGUGGAGAAGAUCGACAGACUACACAACCUCUCCUCUGUCUACCUUCACAAGCUGAAGACAGUAGACGUGCUGAUGCAUAGCUUGCAGGCUGUAGAGAGCCAGGUGAAGAGGUACGAGAGCAGGCUGAGUGAGGAGGACAUCGUCCCUGCAGACACCAACGCCAUCCAGGCCCUACGGGAACAACUGGGGAAGUGGCAGUUGGAGCUUGAGGACCAGGAAGGGGUGUUUAGCUCCCUGCAGUCAGAGGUACAGAAGGCCCAGGAGGCAGGGACUCAGCUGAACAAGCUCCACACAGACCGCAGCCCGGAGUUGGAGCGCUACCAGGAGAGAGCCACCCAGCUCACCGAGAGGUGGGCCGGAGUCAAGAGACAGAUGGACACACGGCGAGGGGAGCUAGAAGCCCUGGGCUCGGUCCUGCAGCAGUACAGAGAUGGUCACUUUGCUCUGAUCCACUGGAUAGAGGAGACCACUGAGAGACAGGAGAACAGCCAGCCUGGAAAGACUGACAGCAAAGUCCUGUCUGAACAACUAGCACAACAAACGGCAUUAGUAGCCGAGAUCGAAAAGAACCAGACCAAACUGGACGAAUGCCAAACGCUCUCAAAACAGUACUGCACCUCUGUCAAGGACUACGAGCUGCAGCUGAUGACGUUCAAAGCCUUUGUGGAGUCGACCCAGAAAUCUACUGUGAAGAGGAGGAGGAUGCAUUCUUCAUCAGACGCCAUCACACAGGAGUUCAUGGACUUGCGCACAUGCUACACAGCCCUGGUUACCUUGACGACGCAGCACGUCAAGUACAUCAGUGACGCACUGAGAAGACUAGAGGAAGAAGAGAAAGAGGUGGAGGAGGAGAGGCAGCAGAGGGUAGGCCAGGUGUCAGAGCUGCUGGGCUGGGUCAAGGGCCUCCAGGGCCGAGCAGAGGACCCCUCCGCCGAGUCAUCCAUCGCAGCGCAGGAGGCUGUCAGUGAGCAGUUAGCGGCUAAGAAGGAGGAGGUGGCUAAGGUUAUCAGGAACACCCAAGUCUUCCUGAUGUCUAAACAGGCCAGCAAGUUGUCCCCAGAGGAACGUGCCCAGGUGACCUCCCAGCUGGAUGAGCUGACUGCCACCUACAGCCAGCUGUGUGACAGUUCCACCGCCCAACUGCAACAGCUGGUGCAACAGCAGGCCAAAGAGGAGCAGAGAAAGAGCCAAGCUGCCAUUGGCGGAGUUAUUGACCUGGGCACCAUGGAAACCGUCCCAGUCUUCCAAGCUGCACGGCGUGGCCUCAUAGACAAGGACACCUGCCAUGUCUUAUUGGAGGCCCAGCUCACCAUGGGUGGGCUGUUUCAGCCUGACUCCCCUGUGAGCCUAUCACUGGAAGAGGGCCUCAACUGUGGCCUGAUUGAUAGUCACAUCAGCCAAUCCCUAUCAGAGCUGGAGAGUGCCUUGCAUCUUGUCGACCAGACAGAACAACUGGAGGGCCAGCUCCUCCCAGUGGCUGCAGCCAUGGAGGAGGGCCUUAUCAGAGAGGAGGUGGGGCUGCGUAUCCUGGAGCUGCAAAUAAACACAGGAGGCCUGAGGGAGUUAGGAGGAGGUAGACUAACAUUGAAUAGUGCUGGAGAGAUGGGCCUGCUGACCCCAAGGGUCUACACCAAGCUCGGGUCACGGGUCAAUCGACGGGAGCUCAUUGACCCCAACACAGCCGAGAAACUGAAUCUGGACGAACUGCAGCAGCGCUGCAUCCUCAGCGAUGACACCGGCUUGCAUCUGCUGCCAGUGAAACAGCAGCCAGGAGGCACAGUCUGUCUCCGAUCUGGCAGGAAGGUCGGGAUCUUCCGUGCCGUCCAAGAGGGACUGAUUGACAGGCAAGUUACAGUGAGAUUACUGGAGGCCCAGCUGUUUGCUGGUGGCAUCGCUGACCCCCGUUCUGGGCAUCGUCUGACUGUGAAUGAGGCUGUGCGUCACAAUCUGAUGGACCAGGACCUGGCCUGUGCAAUGCUGACCCGCCAGCUGCAGAGUGGUGGGAUACUAGACCCUGUAACUGGGGAUCGCCUAGGGGUGGACGAAGCCAUCCAGAGGGACCUACUCUCUCCUCGUCUGGCCCUGGUGGUGCUCGAGUCCCUCUGGGCUUUUAUGGGGAUGCUCUGGCCUGAGUCAGGGGAGCUGCUGCCCAUUGCUGAGGCUCUACAACAAGGCGUAAUCUCAGGAGAGCUGGCUCGGAACAUCCUGAGACAACGCCACACAAUAGGUGCCCUCUACCUUCCUGAAACCCCCAAGGUUGUGUCCCUGAAUCAGGCUAAGGAGGUCCUUGAACCCAAAGUGGCUGAGAUUCUGAAGGAGAUUCAGAUCCCAGAUGUGCUACACAAUAUGAACCUGUCAGGCUCCCCUAAACUGAAUCGCCUAAGCUGGGGCUCCACUGGCUCAUCCCCUCCUCCCUCCUCAUCCCCUGCCUCUUCCCCAGGGCUCACCAGUGACCCCUCAUUCCUGGAGGAAAUGGCCCCUGAGGAGCAGGCACAUCACCGCCUGCUUAUACAUUUAAUGACCCACAGCUAUGUGGAUGCCCAUUCUGGCCAGCGCUUUGUGUUGCUUGAGCCUGAGUUGGUGGAACUUGUCAAGGCUGCUGCUGGUCUGAUCAAUGUGGAUCCUGUACCCAGAGUGGUUGAGGAAGGGUUGUGUUUGACUUCAGAAAGACAGGAGUUUAUGGAAGUGGUGCCAGAUGUAAGUUUGGCGCAUAAUCAGCAGACAAGGGAAAUUGGAGAGGUCCAAGAAAAGAGUGCAAUAUUCAGCUUGUCUGAAAAAUAUAUUAAUUCCAGAAAGAUGUUAGAAGAAGCUGAUAGUCAAGGAUGGGAUGGUACACCUGACAUAUUGCAGGCUAAGCAAACUGGAAAAAAUGAGAUAGGACAGGUAGACGUUGAGUCAACCAUGAGAAUAAGUGAGAAGGUAGAUGGAGGUGUACAUAGAGAAGUAAAAGGUGAAAAGGAUGAAAUGGUUCAUUUUGAAAGUGCCCAGCCCUCAGCUGAACUACCGGAAAAGCAAUUAAUUACAGACUCAUAUGAAGAGAGGCUGGUAGAGAUAGAAACAGAGGGAGCAAGAGAGAGUGGUCACAGAAAGACAAAGGAGAAGGACUCACUCGUGGAAGACAUUGACAGUACACUUGUAGAAGCCUCAGAAAUAUACUCAACACCAAUAAAGACAGAGACUCUGAUGCCAACCCAAUCCUUCAAAGAACCUGAUAUCCCACCAUCAGAGACAAAUGAAAAGGAUAGUGUGCUUGUGAGUGUUGGAGUUAAGUAUGCAAAGAAGGAUGCUCAGCGGGUCACAGAGAAGGCCCAACCCCAGGUUAGGAGUUUAGAGGCAGCAGCGGUGAAGAGUGAGGAGGAUGUUGAGCUGGAAAGGUUGGCCUCAGAGCUUCAGCAAGGGGGUCUACUGACUGAAGGAGGGCAGCGGCUUCUCCCAGAUGAAGCCGUGGUUCAGGGGGUCCUCCCUGGACACACUGCAGUCAAGCUGAUGGCCAAGGCAGGUCUUUUCGGAGGUUUCCUGGAUGUCAGUGCAUGCGAAUCCCUGAGCAUGGAGGAUGUGAUGCAGGAGGGUCUGCUUGACGAAGACCUGAUGUGGAGUGUGCUGAAAUCAGAGAAGACCCUGGCAGGGGUAGUGGAUGUAGAGAAGGGGAAGAUUUGUACCCUGAAGGAUGCUGCUCAGGCAGGCCUGAUAGACUCCAAAACGGCUGCUCGGCUCCUGGAGGCCCAGGUGGUCUCAGGGGGAGUGGUUGACCUGCGAAGAGACAAAAAAGUGUCUGUUACCCUGGCAGCCAACCUUGGGCUGAUAGAGGAGGACCAAAGAGAGAAGCUAGUUGCGUUGGAGAAGUCAUACCGUGGAAAAGGCUCAGACCCAGAUGCAUCUCUGACCAAAGCAACAUUGCAGCUGCAAAUGAAGGGGGUUGUAGAUCCCAAAACGAAGUCACCUGUUCCCCUAAAGCAGGCCCUUGAAAGAGGUUUGAUUGGGCAGGAGGAAGUCUAUCAAGCCUUGUCCCAGCAAGUGGCAGAGGGCGGCAUCGUGCACCACAACUCUGGAGUUAGACUGUUAGUUGCUGAUGCUUUGCAGCGAGGUCUGGUAGACCGUGCAAUAGCCCCAGAACUGGGGGAGUUAGAGAGAGCAUGUCAGGGGGAGGUAUCCCUCUCUUCAAACCCAGAUGCUGCCCUCCUCCAGGCAUCCACAGGUGCCAUUUUGGACCCUGAUUUAAAGUGUAGACUUACAUUGACAGAGGCUGUCUCCGAUGGUCUGCUCGAUGAGAGCAUUGCCAAGAAAGCAAUGGUUUCUCCAGGUGUAACAGAAGGUGUUUUGGAUCCACAAAGUGCCCAAAUUGUGCCUUACUCAGACCUUGUAAACCAAGGCAAGAUUGACAUUAAGAGUGGAAAGCGCUUCUUGGAAGUGAAGCCUUUCAAGGGAAUCCAGGAUAAGCAAACAGGUGAAAUCCUGAACCUAGCUAAAGCAAUUGCAUCUCAACAAGUUGAUCCAGUCCCAGCACUCAGAAUGUUGCAAAGCCAGGCAGACACUGGAGGGAUUAUUGAUAUUUCCAAUGGAGCUAGGCUCCCUCUGCCUAAAGCCUCUAAGAAAGGACUGGUGGGAGAACAUAUGGCCAGGCUCAUUGCCACCAACCAGGUUCUGAAAGGGGGCUUGCUUGACCCUUCCACUGGGCAGAGAGUCUCUAGCCUGAAGAAAGCUGUCAAAUAUGGGCUUAUAUCCAGAGAAAUGGCUGCAGAGCUCCAGGACAACCUGGGCUCCAUGGAAAUAGAAUGUGACGAUGAGGAUAGUUCAACACCCGUUGCCUCUUCAAGUGGGACCUAUAGUCCUGCAGUCACAUUAUCAAUAUCCAGUCCAGACAGCCAAACCAAAAUAAUUAUUGAAAGCUCUGAAGUGAUUUCUCCAUCCCCACAUCCAAAAGAGUCAGAAAAGGGGUACCCUUUGAUCACAGAGGACAUUGUGAAGACUCUAGAAGCCGGAACAUUCAAGCAGUCAGGAGCUCUGCAACACCAUGGCUCUGUUCACAUUGAAGAAGAGAUGGAAGAGGAACAGGUCUCAAUAGCCGGGAAGUCAUUGGAAAUUGAGUCAAACCAGUCAGUCAAUUUGUUGGCUCAGUUUGCAAUCAAUGCAGAGAAAAGGCUUCAGCAGGCCCUUCAGGAGAUGGAGACUCCGCAAGAUGUUACUGUUAGACCACCAGAAAAGGGUAACAAAAAUGUGUCUAGAUCAGUUGGUGAAAGUAGUUCAAUCAUGCAGCAGGGGCAGUCUGCUAUGGGCAAAGAACCACAGAUGGAUUCGACAGUGGCCAUUGGCAGAGCAUGUAGGGAUCAAGAGGGCAACAUAGACAUGUCUACCCUAGUUGAGAGAGAUGAAGGGAAGACAAAUGUGGUAGAAGACAGUACUGAGAGAGUGGUGGAGCAAGGUAGAAUGGAUGUUGAGAGGGAUACAAAGAUUGAGGCCAGAGAGAGUGAUGAUCUUGGACAUGCAUCACCCCCUUCUAGGGAGGCCGAAGGUAAGAGCACAAAGAAGAGGAAGAAUAAAAAGAAAGGAAGAGGGAAGGAGGUUGAUAUUGAGCAAAGACCCUCAGAAAAAGCUGAUAUACAGAAAACGGAAAACAAAGACCAGAAUGCACAAUCAGAGGGUAACGGUCAUAAGGGUAAGGAUAAGGGUGUUGAGUUCACUAGAGGUUAUGUUACCCCACAGGAGAAAGAGGAGUCACUUGUGCAAGAUGUUCAGUCUGCACUCAAAGGUGCCAAGGUACAGACUGUAGAGAGGUUUGGCCAUCCAAAGGAUAUUGGCAAAGUAAGGCUAGGUUCUACAGUUCCACCAGGAGCCAUAGAAGAUGCUCUUGAGGUAGAGAGAGAGGGUACAGAGUACAAGGUCUUCGUGGAUCAAAGACCGGUAGAGAAGAACAAAACGUCUAAGAUAUCUAUAGCAUCAGAGAAGGUUGAACCUGUGACAGAGGAGAUACCAUCCAUCCAUGAUCAAGCAGAUUCUGAAGUGACAGUAACGAAGGCUGUUCUCGAAAGCUUAGACAAAAAGUCUAAGAUACCCACAGGAGCAGAAAAGUUUGAACCUGCGACAGAGGAGAGAUCAUCCAUCCAUGAUCGAGUUUCUAAGGAUGAGCAAAAGUGGGAGGUGGAGCAGAUUGUGGAAAAGAGUGAUACAGAUGGGGUGGAGACAGUUUCUCAACAGACUGGACAGCAGGAGCAUAAGGAUAGGAAAGAGGUGGAAUUCACUCCAAAAACCACCCCAGCAGCCAAUGAUAAAGAGGCCCUUUUACUGAAGGCAAAAGAGAGUAUUCAGAGGAAGGUGUUUGGACGUGGUGUUAGUGAGAAGCAAGCUGCAGAGGGGCUAGUGGCACUGCGUCAGGUAGUGGGGAAGAAAGAGAGUUUGGUGACAUCUGUAGAGGAAGUUAAGACUGUGGGGAGUCCUCCUGAGGUUUCACCAGAAGAAAGGGAGGGUAAGGGAAUUGACAAGAAGGAAGAAGGAGAAAGAGAGAAAGUUCUGCCUGACCAUUCUACAAUAACUGUAGCAGCAGAGGAAGUGAGAAAAGCUCUGCCAUACCAGGCUAAAGAAGGAGAGAAAAAGGAGAAAGUUAUAUCAGACCAGUCUACAAUAGAAGAGAAAGGGGAGAAGAUUGAAGAAGGAGAGAAGGAGGGGACAUCUCAAACAGACCAGCUUAAAGAGACCAAGCCGGGAAAGAAGAAUAAGAAGAACAAGAAGUCUAAGAUGUAUAAAGUGGUAGAAAAAGUUGAACCUGCGACAGAGGAGAAACCAUCCAUCCACAAUAGAGCAGAUUCUGAAGUGAUAUCGACACAGGCUGAUGUAGACAGCUCAGUCUCCGGGGAUGAGCAAAAGAUUGAGAAGCAGCAAGACAGUCAAUCAGACAGUGAUGUAACAAGGGUGGCAAGUGGUGGUGAGACUAACAAAAUGGCUGCCUUUACCAAGAGUCCUAGUGGAGUUGACACCAAUCAACAAAGAUCAACCCACACCACUGCACCAUACCAAAUCGAUACACAUCUUGAGGAGAAAAUUAAGGAGGACAUUUCUUUGGGGAGAGAAACUGAUCCACAUGGCAAGAAAAUUGAACAAUUUAGGAUAGGUACACCUGAGAAAGAUGUCCACCCAGACACCCAUCGUGUUAUUGACAUUGUGGAUGCCUCUCCUGAAGCCCUUGUAUCCAUGUCUGGCGCCCAUCUGGUCAAGGCCUCUGUGGCUCCAGGUACCCAGACUGCUAAGCACACAGAGGAAGCUGAUGCACCUCUGGUGAAAGAUACUGAGGAAGACAGGUCUCUGAGCAAACAAACUGAUCCACUUGGCAAGGACAUUGAACAACUAAGAAUUUGUACACCUGAGGAGGCCUCUGUGGCACCUGCUACCCAGCCGGCUAAAACCACUGGCAAAAAGAAGAAGAAGAAAAUGAAACCGCAGCAAGAACAACAGCAGGAGCAGAAACUUAACAGUCCCACUGAAACAGAGUCUAAAGAGGAAAAGUACCUUGAGUCCACAGAAUCAGGACAGUCCUGGUCUGACGAGACCCCACAGUCUGAUAAGAUUGUUGAAUCUGAUACAACAGAGGUACCCGAAUCUGAUACAACUGACAGCUGGAAGGAGGAUGGAGAAAUCAAAGAAUUGGAGAUAAGGAAAGAGAAGAGCCCAGCUAAGAAGGGAAAGUCCUCAUUGCUCCGCCAGGAAUGCCUGGAACGUGACCAGCAAAUUGUGGCUCUUCUCUCUAUGGUGAGACACAUCGAGGUUCGUGUCAAGCAGCAGCAGCAACAGUCGAUUGGUCGCAGCCUCAUUGCCCUUGAUGACAUUAUCAAACAAACAGAUACCUUGGAUCUAGAACUUCGGGAUUUAGAACCCCAGGUCAACAAGGAAGUGGAUGCUGCUGGGCAGCUGCUGGAGCCCCGCCCACAGGAAGUCCCUCCUCAGCUACUAUUGGCCUUGGAGAAGGAUGGGCGAAGCUUAGCUCGAGGUUACAAGGCUGCCAGAGGGGUUUCUGAAAACAUCCUGCAGGGGCUGCGCGCACACAGAGAGGCACAUAAGGAGGCAUUGACUGGAGAACAGAAGUCACUUGGUGGGCGAGUAGAGGAUCUUCUUUCCUGGCUGAAGGAGACUGAGGCACAAAUUACAGGAAUGGAUGGGCAAACCCAGGGCGAGACUCCUGCUCAGCUCACACAACAGCUCCAGCUGUGCAAGGAGUUGCAGUCGUCUCUCUCGGCCCGCUCCAAUGACGUCAACGCGGUGGCCUUUGACAUCCAGGUGUUCAUCUCGGAGCGGGCUCAGGACCUGGCUCCCGAACAGAGCAGGCACCUCCUGGGGCAGCUACAACAGCUCCAGAGGGGCUUCCACCGAGCCGCUGGCCAAGCCCACGCCAAGACCGACGCCCUCGCCGCCCAGAGAGAGAGGGAGGAGGAGAGGCAGCGCAGACACAAAGAGAAAGAAGAGGAGGAGAAGGAGAGAGAAAGAGAGAGACAGAGUGCAAGGGAGAGAGAGGUGGUGCAGCAGCAGAAGGCAGAGUGCUCACAAAAAUUGGAAGGCCUUACGAUGUGGUUGGCUGGAGCUGCCAGCAUGCUGGCCAAUCAAAGAGCGGGAGCAGAGUCAGGUGACGUGAAUGUGCUGCAGCAGAAACAGAGAGAGCUAAAGGAAGUACAGAAGGACCUGCUGACCAGAGGCGAGGGCGUGGCGGAGACCAUCCGCUCGGUGGAGGAGUUCCUGGCGGAGCACGGUGACAGCCUGAGUCCAGAGGAGAGGGCCAACCUCCAGGGGGCACUGUCCCGUAUGAAGGAGCAGUACAGUGCACUGACCGACACGGCCCACUCCUCCCUGGCCCAGCUGGACACGGCCAUCAGCACCACCGUCCAUCAGAACACACAGAGGGCAAAGGCAGUAGAGGAGCUGCAGGAGACUCGGGGCCAGAUGGACUCGCUGCUAGAGGAGCUCUCCUCACUCAACCAGCCUGGGAAGAGAGGGGCUGGCAUGACUGUUACUGACCACCUCUCCUCAUCCUCCUCCACAUCGCCAGAGGGAGGUCUACAAUCACACAGUGACAUGCUCCAGGCGGAGCUCCAGCAGCUCCAGGCCCAGCAGGCCCAGCUGAUGCAGGUGUCCCAGAAUGCUCACUCCCUCCUGGACCAGCCUGACUCGGCCGUGCCAGCCGAGGAGAAACGCCGUCUGCGGGACCAGCUAGACCAGCUCCAGACCCAACACCAGGAGAAGCUGCAGGCUUGCCAGGAGAGGCUGAGGCGCUCGGAGGCCCUUAAGGACGAGCUGGCCAAGUUCCUCCAGGAGCACGGAGGCCUGGGGACCUGGCUGGAACAGAGUGAGGGGGAGCUAUGUUCCCUGGGGGAAGGAGAGACGGACGCACAGGGCCUGAAGGGGAGACUGGAAGAGCACAAGAAGCUGGCGGAGGAUGUGAUCUGCCACAAGGCAGACUUGCGCUUUGUGUCCAUCUCUGGUCACAAGGUGCUGGACUCUGUCCAGGGGGCUCUGGAGAAGGUAGGUGGGUCUGACCCAGCCCUGGAGGAGACCAAACAGCUGGUCACAGACAAGCUACAGGACGCCAACCACCGCUACACCACUCUGCACACCAAGUCGUCAGAUCUGGGCGGGCGUCUGUCGGGUCUGUUGGAACGCUGCCAGCAGUACCAGGACGAGGCUGUGUCGCUCCACACCUGGCUCAGCACCCAGGAACAGAACCAGAGUAUAGCCGGACCCAGCGGAGAGACAGACACACACACACUACAGAACACACUGCGGGCCGUACAGCUGUUGCAGGAUGAGAUGGCUGAGCGGUCAGUCCAGUUGGAGAAGGUGAGGAGGUCAGGCAGAGAGCUGGCCAACACACAGGAGUCCCCCACUCUCAGAGCUGUCGAGAUCAUCAACACUGCAGAUGGUCUGCAGAAGAGGUUCAACUCUCUGUCUGAGUCUGUGUCGGCGCGGGCUGAGCAGCUCCAGACGUCCGUAGCCCAGUCGGUCAGUAUCCAGGAGGGGCUGAAGGGCCUGCUAGCCUGGCUGGACGGCCUGCUGCUGACCCCCGGGCCCAUGCAACCCACCGCCCAGGCUGUCCAGGACGCCCUCACACAGAAUCAGAAACUACGCCAGGAGCUGUUAUCCAGACAGGGCAGUGUGGAGGCCACCUGUGACUCUGUCUCCAAACUGCUCCAGAGCUCAGACGCCUCCACAGCCACCGGUCUCCAGGGGUCACUAGAGAGCCUGAACCAGCGCUAUGCCGCAGCACAGGCCAAGCAGGCCGAGAGGGAGGCUGAGCUCCGGGGUCUCCUGCCCAAGCUGGAGAGCUAUGAGAGACUGAGUACGGACCUGCAGGGUUUCACUCAGACCUGCCUGAGAGCUCUGAGCCCCGCGGGACAGCCUGACCGCAGUAUGGAGGACUAUAGACAGACGAUAGAGGAGGUGAGAGCGGAGCAGGAGCAGGAGGCAGGUCAACUUAAGUCCUUCUGCCAGCUGGGGACAGACCUGAGCCAAGCAAAGGCCCUAACCAGCACACAGACCCUACUGGACAAUGUCAGAGAAGUGUCUGAUGAGUUCGCCCGACUGGAAUCUAACGUCAAUGAAAGGUACAACGCCAUCCAGAGUUGUGAGCAGCAGUUGGGCCAGUUCCGGUCUCUCUCUGGCUCCCUCCUCAGGUGGCUCCAGACAGCGCAGGAGCAGCUGCCUCCCAAAGAGCCCAACCUCAACACAGAGGCCCUGCAGAGGAGAGUGCAGCAGCUCAAGGACUUACUGAGUGACUGGGAGGCCCAGGGGGUUCGGGUUCAGGAGCUGAACAAGACUGGAUCAGAACUGGAGACCCUCAUCAUAAACAUCACAGCCCCCCAGACCAAGACAGGUGUUCCCCAGAUCAAUGGUGCAGGCAGCCCCAGCAGUGUCAAUGGCAUUCACACAUGCAAAGACCUGACAGAGCUGCAGGUGGCGGCGGCAGAGGUGAAUGGUCGUUACAAGGAGCUGGGAGAGGAACUGAAGGCCCGAGAGUGGCGCCAGGAGGCCUCUCUGGAGCUGAGGCAGAAGGCCAGGCAGGGUACCGAGGAGCUCAGCCGCUGGCUGGGAGACCGGGAGAACAGCUUGCACCUGGGCCAGACCGCCGCCUCCCCUUCCAAACCGGAGGUGGUACGCGCCCAGGCCCAGGAGAACAAGGCCUUACUGUCUGAGCUGGCAGAGCAUUCUGGGAAGGUGAAGGAGCUGAAGAGCACCCUGGAGAAGCUGAUAGCAGACAACCCAGACUCCCCAGAGGCAGACACCUGGAGACAACAAAUGAAGGAGAUCGACUCCCGCUGGGCAAAGGCCAAUGAGGCGGCAGUACAGAGGCAGGCAGAACUGGAGACCUGUGCUGAUAGGCUGGGCAGCUUUGCCACAGCAGCCAGUCAGUUGGGGCCGUGGCUCAGAGAGAAGGAGCUGAUGAUGAGUGUGCUGGGACCCCUGAGCAUCGACCCCAACAUGCUGAACACCCAGAAUCAACAAGUGCAGUUCAUGCUGCGUGAGUUUGAGACCCGCCGGCCCCAGUUCGACCAACUCACCCAGGCGGCCGAGGGCAUCCUUUCCCCGUCUGGCGGCAACUCCUCCCCGCAGGAUGCCAAGGACCUAGCGGAGGUCCGGUCCGAGCUGGGCUCUAUCUCGCAGCAGUGGGACGACCUCACUCAACGUCUGUCCCAGCGCUCAACGCACAUCGACCAGGCCCAGGGCACCAGUGAGCGCUACCAUGCCCUGCUGAAGGAUCUCUCGGUCAGCGUGGGGGUGUUAGGCGAGAGGCUGGACAGUCAGGCCUCGCUCAGUGCCCAGCCCGAGGCCCUGAAACGGCGUCUGCAGGAGACAGGUGAGAUCCGCUCUGAGCUGGAGCAGAGGAGGGAAGAGCUGGGUGAAGCGGAAAAGCUGUGCGGAGAGCUGAGCACCAUUGUGGUUGAACCUUACCUGAGAGACGAGCUGAAGAAGAGGCUGGAGAGCGUGAGUGGCCCACUGAGGAGCCUGGAGGAGAGGGCCGCGGACGGUCUAUCCCAGCUCCAAGCCGCUCUCUCCAGCACCCAGCAGUUCCAGCAGAUGUUCAAGGAGCUGCGGAGCUGGCUGGACAACCAGGGUGGUCAAAGAGACUCUACCGCGGACUCCCUCCCCUGCCAGCCAGAGGCUAUCCGGACCUUGCUUGCCCAGCAAGACGAGCUUCAUCGCGGGGUGGCCAGCCAACGUGGUCCCUACGAGCUCAUCCAGGCCGAGGGGGCCUCCCUGCUCUCCUCGCUACCCGCCGGCGGUGAAGAACGAUCAGCCUUACAGUCCCGGCUCGCCACCCUACGCCGGGACUGGGAUGAGCUCAACCAGUGCAUCGCGGAACGCCAGAACCGGCUGAAAUCCGCCCUGACCAAGGCCGAGAGUUACCAGCAGCACCGCGCCGAGCUCACACCCUGGGUGGCGGAGUGCGAGGAGCGGGAGGCUGACAUCCAGCCCUCCCUAGACCCUGUGGCCCUGGACGAGGCCUUGCAGAAGGCCAGGCAGCUGGGGUUGGACCUGGAGCGUCGUCGCCCCCUCCUGGAGGCUUUAAACACUGCGGCCGACCAACUCCUGGAACACUGCCGCGUCGGAGAGGAAGACGUACGCGACGAAAAAGCCCAACUCAACCGUAGAGUCGACGGGCUGGCAGAAAACCUCCAAAACCGUGUUUCCCAACUGGAAGAGCUAGCAGGUCGACUUAAGGAGUUCGAGGACGGCCGGCAGGCGGUGGAGAGGAGGCUGGAGGCGGCGCGGCAUCAGAUCGAGGUGCAGGAGGCGCUGGGCCCACAGGCAUGCAGCAACAAGAGCCUGGAGCGGCUGAGGAGCCAGCAGGAGACGCUGCACUCGCUGCAGCCACAGGUGGCCUACCUGAGGGAUCUGGCCCAGGGGCUGGUGCAGGACGCACCCCACUCAGCAGGGGGCGGCGGAGAGGGAGGACAGAGGCUGGAGCAACUGGCCCGAGACACGGACAGAGAGUUUGAAGACGUCAGCGAAAAGAUUGAACAGUGCUGUUCCACCCUGGAGUCCCGUCUCCAGGGCGUGGGUGAGGUCCAGUCCUCGGUGCGCGACCUCUUCUCCCACCUGGCUGACCUGGACGACGAGCUAGACUCGCUGAGCCCUGUGGGGCGAGACGCCGACUCGCUUGCCUCGCAGGCAGACGCCGUCCACGCCUUCCUAGCUCGCCUGGCCGCGUUGAGGUCGGAGCUUGAAGGUCACGGAGGCGACUGCACCGCCAUGCUCCGGCGAGAGGGGUCGUCUCCCGAUCUCCUCGCCCUGAGGAGAGAGACGGAGGCCCUGAGCCGCCAGGCUGGGAAGCUGGCCGAAAGGGGCCAGGCCAGACUGGGACAGAUCGAGGCGGCUGCCGAGAAGGUGGGAGAGUUCUACGCCCAGGUGGCGGAGCUGCAAGGGCUGCUGGGACGGGCAGAGGAGGGGCUGAACGCGCAGGGCAUGGUGGGGACGGAGGUGGAGACCAUCAAGCAGCAGCUGCACGAGUUCAAGGCGGUGGAGAGGGAGCAGGUGGACAGUAUUCAACCCAAGCUGCAGCGCGUGAACGCGGUGGGCCAGGGCCUGAUCCAGAGUGCAGCCAAACACACAGACACCCAGGCUCUGGAGCACGACCUAGAGACCACCAACCUCAGAUGGAACUCCCUCAACAAGAGGGUUGCAGAGCGCAUUGCUCAGUUGCAGGAAGCCCUGUUGCAUUGUGGGAAGUUCCAGGAUGCCCUGGAGCCUCUUCUGAGCUGGCUGAGUGACACAGAGGAGCUGGUAGCCAAUCAGAAGCCCCCGUCAGCUGAAUACAGAGUGGUCAAGGCCCAGAUCCAGGAACAGAAGCUGUUACAAAGACUACUGGACGACCGCAGAGCCACUUUUCAGAUGAUCCAGGGAGAGGGAGAGAGGAUUGCAGCCACGGCCGAGACUCAGGACCGAGACAAGAUCCAGAAACAGCUGGAGAGUCUGGGAGAGAGAUGGGGCGAGCUGCUGGAGAAGGCCAUGGCAAGGCAGUGCCAGUUGGAGGAGCUGCAGACGCUGGCACUGCAGUUCCACGAGGCGGUGGAGCCUCUAGGAGAGUGGCUGAGUGCCACAGAGAGACGCCUGAGCACCGCCGAGCCCAUGGGAACCCAGACAACUAAGAUCACCCAGCAGAUUACGAAACACAAGGCCGUCGAAGAGGCCGUCUCCUCUAGAGGAGCCGAGGUCGACCGCCUCGAGGCCCUCGGCCAAUCCCUGGCGCCCCUCAGCUGCGCGGCCGACCGUGAUUGGCUGGGGGAGCGCGUGGGGGCGGUGCGGCUAGGCCAUUCGGAGCUCAGUGAUUGGUGCCAACGCAGGGCCGUCAUGCUGGAGCAGGCCUUGGCCAAUGCCCAGCUGUUUGGGGAGGAUGAGGUGGAGGUGCUCAACUGGCUGGCUGAGGUGGGCCAGCGGCUGGGACAGGUGUCGGUGCAGAGCUACCAGCCGGGGGUCCUCACCCAGCAGCACAAGCACACACUGUCUUUGAAUGAAGAGAUCGUGAGCAGGAAGAAGCAGGUUGACCAGGCCAUCAAGAACGGACAGGCCCUGCUCAAGCAAACCACAGGUGAAGAGGUUCUGCUGAUCCAGGAGAAGCUGGACGGUAUCAAGUCUCGCUACGCUGAGAUGACGGCCGGGAGCAGCAAAGCCCUCCGCACACUGGAGCAGGCCCUGCAGCUGAGCACGCGAUUCGCCAGCGCCCACGACGACCUCAACCAAUGGCUGGACAAGGUGGAGGCGGAGCUCAACGUCAUGGAGCCCGACGCCACGCCGGCCUAUCAGGACAGACAGAAGGAGCUGAAGUGUGUAUCAGCGGAGAAACGUCUGGUUUUGGACACGGUCAACGAGGUGGGCAAUGCCCUCUUAGACCUGGUGCCCUGGCGUGCCCGUGAGGGUCUGGACCGCCUGGUGGCUGACGACAACCAGCGCUACCGAACGGCGGACGAGACCAUCACCCAGCGGGUAAAGCUGGUACAGGCUGCCAUCCAGAGGUCACAACAGUAUGAGGAGGCGGUGGACGCGGAGCUGACCUGGACUGGGGAGACUGAGAGGAAGUUAUCCUCCCUAGGUCCUCUGAGUCUGGAGCCUGACGUCACCGUGGCCCAGCUACAGGUCCAGAGGGCCUUCAAUAUCGACAUCAUCCGACACAAAGACACAGUGGACCAGCUACUCAACACCAGGGACGACAUCCUGGAGACCUGCAGCGACCAGCAGAGAGAUGCUCUGGUGGAGAAGACUGACUCACUGUCUGCCCGCUACGAGGCGGUGAGCCAGCAGCACCAGGAGCGUUUCUCAGCCCUGGAGCAGGCCCAGGUCCUGGUGGCCCGUUUCUGGGAGACCCAGGAGGACCUGGAGCCCUGGCUGGGGGAGACGGAGACCCUUAUCGCCCAGCUGCCCCCACCCGCCAUCGACACCGAGGCCCUGCGUCUACAACAGGAACAGAUGAGGCUUCUGAGGGAGUCCAUAUCAGAGCACAAGCCCCACAUCGACAAGCUGCUGAAGAUCGGCCCCCAGCUGGCUGCUCUGAGUCACCAGGAGGGGGCCACGGUGAGGCAGCGCUACAGCGACGCCGAGAAACGCUACGUGGCCAUCAAGGAGGUGGUCAAGGGUCGCGCCACCACCCUGGAUGAGGCCGUGUCUCAGUCUGCACAGCUGGUAGAGUUCCACGACAGGAUGGACCCCCUGUUGGAGACCCUGGAAGGGGCUGUGCAGCGCCUCCGAUCCCCUCCUCCCGUGGCGGCGGAGGUGGAUAAGAUCCGGGAGCAGCUAGCUGAUCACAAGGCAACAGGGCUGGAGCUGGACAAAUUGCUGCCCUCCUUCUCUGCCCUGUGUGCCCGCGGCGAGGAGCUCAUCAGUCGAGCAGCCCACGACGACCCUGCUGCUCAGGCCGUGCGUUCCCGUCUCCUGCGCCUGCGCUCCCUGUGGGAUGAAAUCCGGCAGAGGGCUGAGGAGCGGGAGGGGAAGCUGACAGACGUCUUGGACCUGGCUGGGAAGUUCUGGGCCGACAUGGCGGCACUACUGAGCACGCUCCGUGACUCGCAGGACAUCGUCAAGGAGCUGGAGGACCCCGGGGUGGACCCCUCCCUCAUCAAACAGCAGAUAGAGGCUGCAGAGGCCAUCAAGGCCGAGACAGACGGACUGAGGGAGGAGCUGGAGUUUGUACGAACCCUUGGGGCUGACCUCAUCUUCGCCUGCGGAGAAACAGAGAAACCUGAGGUCAAGAAGACCAUCGACGAGAUGAAUGCCGCCUGGGAAGGCCUGAACCGGACGUGGAGAGAGAGGAUGGAGAGGUUGGAGGAGGCCAUGACGGCUUCUGUGCAGUACCAGGAUGCAUUGCAGAGCAUGUUUGACUACCUGGACAACGCAGUGAUAAAGCUGUGUGAUAUGUCCACUGUGGGCACUGAUCUGGGAACUGUCAAACAGCAGAUCGAAGAACUCAAGCAGUACAAGGUGGAGGUGUACCAGCAGCAGAUAGACAUGGAGAAGCUGUGCCACCAGGGGGAGCUGCUGCUCAAGAAGGUCUCGGACCAGACCGACAGAGACAUGAUCCAGGAGCCCCUUACGGAGCUCCGACACCUCUGGGACAACCUGGGGGACAAGAUCACGCACAGACAGCAUAAGGUGGAGGGUGCUCUCCUGGCACUGGGUCAGUUCCAGCAUGCCUUGUCUGAGCUGCAGUCCUGGCUGAGUCACACCCAUGCCACCCUGGACACACAGAGACCCAUCAACUCUGACCCCAAGGCCAUCGAGAUAGAACUGGCCAAGCACCACGUGCUGAGGAAUGACGUGCUGUCCCAUCGGUCCACGGUGGAGACGGUGAACGCGGCGGGGGCUGAGCUGCUGGAGUCCAGUCCCGGGGACGAGGCCAACCACCUCCGCGGCCAGCUGGACCACCUCAACCGCGGCUGGGAGAACCUGCUACUCAAGACCCAGGACCGACAGAAACUACUGGAGGCCGCACUACACCAGGCGGAGGGUUUCCAUGGUGAGCUGGAGGAGUUCCUGCAGUGGCUGAGGAGGACAGAGAGCCAGCUGUCUGCAGCCAAACCCACAGGUGGCCUGCCUGAGACCGCCCGGGAGCAGCUGCAGCAGCACCUGGAGCUCCAGACCCAGUUGGCCCAGCGCGCUGAGCAGUACAACCGGCUGCUGGACGCGGGAGAGUCCAUGUUGCUUUCCCGCGGGGGGGAGGAGGGUGGCCCCGGAGCUGGUACGACCCAGACCCAACAGAACCUGGCCCUGCUGCAGAACAAGUGGGCCAGCCUGAACACCAAGAUGGACGACCGCAGGGCGAAGCUAGACGAGGCGGUGUCGCUGGCCACAGGGUUCCAGUCCUCCCUCCAGGACACCAUCAACUGGCUGACCCAGGCAGAGCAGACCCUCAACAUGGCCCAGCCCCCCUCCCUCAUCCUGGACACUGUCCUCUUCCAGAUAGAUGAACACAAGGUGUUUGUGAAUGAGGUGAACACCCACAGGGAGCAGGUGCUGGCCCUGGAGAAGGCUGGCUCUCAGCUGCGUUUCGCCAGUCUGAAGCAGGAUGUGGUUCUGAUCAAGAACCUGCUGCUGAGUGUACAGGCCCGCUGGGACAAGCUGGUGCAGAGGUCCCUGGACCGCGGCAGACACCUCGACGAGGCCCGCAAGAGGGCCAAGCAGUUCCAUGAGGCGUGGAGGAAACUGUCUGACUGGCUGGAGGAGGCUGAGAGCCGUCUAGACUCAGAGCUGGAGAUCUCCAACGAGCCAGACAAGAUCAAAGUACAUCUGACCAAACACAAGGAGUUUCAGAAGGCUCUGGGCUCUAAGCAGCCGGUGUAUGACACCACAGUGAGGUCUGGUAAAGCCAUGAGGGACAAGGCCACGCUGCCCGAAGACACCCAGAAACUAGACCACCUACUGGGGGAGGUCAGGGACAAAUGGGACACCGUUUGUGGGAAGAGUGUGGAGAGGCAACACAAGCUGGAGGAGGCCCUGCUGUUCUCAGGUCAGUUUGCUGAGGCCCUGCAGGCCCUGGUGGACUGGCUGUACCGUGUAGAACCCCAGCUGGCUGAAGAUUUGCCUGUCCAUGGAGACCUGGACCUGGUCUCCAACCUCAUGGACUCUCACAAGGCCUUCCAAAAGGAGUUGGGGAAGAGGACCACUAGUGUCCACGCCCUGAAGCGCUCAGCCAGAGAACUGAUGGAGACGGGCCGCGACGACACCGCCUGGGUCAAAGUUCAACUGCAAGAGCUCAGCAACCGCUGGGACACAGUCUGUGCCCUGUCCGUCACCAAGCAGACCCGCCUCCAGCAGGCCCUCAAACAGGCGGAGGAGUUCCGCACGGCGGUGCAGCUGCUUCUGGAAUGGCUGUCAGAGGCAGAGCAGACGCUGCGUUUCCGUGGGGUGCUGCCCGAGGAGGCGGAGACUCUGCAGACGCUGCUCCACACCCACCGGAACUUCAUGGCCACGGUGGAGGAGAAGAGGACAGACGUGAACCAGGCAGCGGGCCAGGGCGAGGCCAUCCUCACCGCGUGCCACGCCGACUGUAUCACCACCAUCAAACACUGGAUUACCAUCAUCCGAGCCCGCUUCGAAGAGGUCCUCACAUGGGCCAAACAGCACGAGCAGCGUCUGGAGACGGCUCUGACAGAGCUACUCAACAACGCCACUCUAUUGGAGGAGUUGUUGUCAUGGCUGCAGUGGGCGGAGACCACCCUAGUCCAGCGUGACGGAGAGACUCUUCCACAGGACAUCCCUCAGCUCAAAACACUCAUCACAGAACACCAGGUGUUUAUGGAGGAGAUGACCCGGAAACAGCCUGACGUGGACAAAGUGACCAAGACUUACAAGAGGAAACCAGCAGAGCCCCCUAGCAGCCUAGCUGAGAGGAGAGGAGCUCGUAAAAACCAGCAGCAACAACAGCAUCAACAACAGGCGGCGAUGCAGAUCGCCGGGGGCAACCCCCGCCUGACCCAGCUAUGCUCAAGGUGGCAGCAGGUGUGGCUGCUUGCCCUUGACCGCCAACGCAAGCUCAACGACGCCCUCGACAGGCUUGAAGAGCUGAAAGAGUUUGCCAACUUCGACUUUGACGUGUGGAGGAAGAAGUACAUGCGCUGGAUGAACCACAAGAAGUCGCGCGUCAUGGACUUCUUCAGGCGCAUCGACAAGGACCAGGACGGCAAGAUCACUCGCCAGGAGUUCAUCGACGGCAUCCUGGCCUCAAAGUUCCCCACCAGCAGGUUGGAGAUGACGGCGGUGGCAGACAUCUUUGACCAGGACGGAGACGGUUACAUCGACUACUACGAGUUUGUGGCGGCGCUGCACCCUAACAAGGACGCCUACCGGCCCACCACCGACGCUGACAAGAUAGAAGAUGAGGUGACCAGACAGGUGGCACAGUGUAAAUGUACCAAGAGGUUCCAGGUAGAGCAGAUAGGAGAGAACAAGUACAGAUUCUUCCUUGGAAACCAGUUUGGUGACUCUCAGCAGUUGCGGUUGGUGCGUAUCCUGCGCAGUACGGUCAUGGUGCGGGUCGGAGGGGGCUGGAUGGCCCUGGACGAGUUCCUGGUCAAGAACGAUCCCUGCAGAGUGCAACAUCCUGGACUUAAGAUCCUUCGCUCCGACUCCAGUAGCACCAUUUCAUCUCGUAUAGCCCGAGGCCGUACCAACCUGGAGCUGCGUGAGAAGUUCAUCCUACCGGAGGGGGCUUCCCAGGGCCUGGCGGCCUUCCGCUCCCGGGGCCGGCGCUCCAAACCCGGCUCCCGCACGGCCUCGCCCACCCGUUCCUCCUCCUCGGCCUCGCACAGCGCACAUAGCUGCGCCUCCCUGCCCUCUGCUCCUGCCACCCCCACGGCCUCCUCUAGAUCCUCAAACUCGCGUGGCUAUGCCAAGCCCUGGCUGGCACACAGUAAAACUCCAACGCCUACCAAGUGCCAGUCCUGCCCAGACCACGGCCACACCACCCAUGGGCAUGAGGGGGCAGCGUCGGGGUCCAAGCUGAAGAGGCCCACCUUCCACUCCAGCCGAGGGUCUCUGACUGGAGAGAAUGGAGGAGCUACACCCACUUCUACUAAACCUGGACGCAACGACCCCAGGCGUACCCCAUCGGGGGCCAGUGGUGCUGCCAGCCGGGCGGGCAGCAGAGCAGGCAGCAGGGCCAGCAGCAGGCGGGGUAGCGACGCUUCGGACGCCUCAGAGCUCCUGGAGACGCACUCGGCCUGCUCAGACACCUCAGACACCCCCCGGCGACCAGGAGCGGCCAAGCCCUCCAAGAUCCCUACCAUCUCCAAGAAGGCCCCCAGCCCCAAGACACCCUCUUCUGGGAAGAAAUAGUGAAGGAAACGUCAAAAAGACGUCAUAAAAACGUCACACAUCCAACUACAGAGACGUCAACAUAAAUACGUCAUAAGGCUGGUUUGACUCCAAAGGCUCCCCCAGACCCCCAAACACCAGCCAGGAUGAAAUGGAGAGGAAGAUGUCCAGACUAUAAAAUGAGAUCAAGUAGAACGGACCGUCUCCCAUUCAAAGAGACGCUCUAUAGUGGACAGACUACUGGCGGCCAUAUUGGGUGUCACAUUUGAUCCAAACGUCCAUCCAUAGGGCUUGCAUGGGAUUCAUGCACCAAGACUACUGUACGGCGGGCAGGUAGAGAGGGGGAUAGAUAAGGGAAGAAAUCUCUUUCUCUCUUUCCCUCCCUCGUACACACACUCAAAUACACUAACUGGGGGCGUCGAGGCCCGGGUUUGUGCACUUAGACAGGGGUGAAAUGGAACAGAACUUUCCCCUUUAAAACCCAGGUCCCAGUUUUCCUUCCAGUCUCCUGUGCGCUCUCUCUCGUAACGGGAUUGUGCCAACCAACCAACAUGAUGCUGCCUUAUUUGUGUUGUACAUUUCUGUCGUUACUUUUACCUAAUCUGAGUUCUACAGAGCGUUAAGUAGGGCCUUGUAACUACUUUGUGUAUGUACACACUGACAAACAACUGAAAUACACACACACACACACACACAUUGAGGGGAGAGAUGAAAUCACUCAGAACUUGCUAGAGAAUGGCAUUCAGAAGAACUGGAUUGUGGGUAUUGUGGAAAUUGUUUCUCACCAUGAGUUAAACAGAAAAUAUCCAAUGACUGCCAUCUUGUUUUUUCCUUUCCUGGACUGGGAAGUGAAGAGGAAUGACACUUCAGCAUGUCUGUGGGUCGGGAACAACCAGACUAGCGUGGACUUAUGUUCAGUGUGUGGGUGGCCCCACUCGGACCACUUCCUGCACUGAGCUGACUGCCUAAACCUCAUGCCUAGGAGACUGUGGAAGUGGUGGGAAACACACAUAUACACUGCGAUGUCCUCACAAACCACUGCAACAAUCAAAGUGUGUUUGAAGGUGUGUAUGAGAGUGUGUGUUUGAUGGAAUGGAGGGUUUGUCACAUUGUCCUAUAGUCUGAAACUACUGUGUUUCUGAGAAAAAAGCACUAAAAUUGAAAGAGUACUUCUUGGUGGGACCCCACUAACAGCAAAAACGUGACAAAAUGUAUAACAAUGAAGUGGCUUGUAAGGACACGUACAAUUUAAACUACGCUUAUUCCAGAUUAGAGAUUGAAGACCAGCGCACACUGACAGUCUGUAUCGCUGUAAUUCCGCUUCGCCCCUCUCCCCUCCAUUGCCGCUGGAAACCCCAGAGCGGCAAACACAAAUGUUUGUAUACGCGUGUCGUCGUCACGUGAUACAGAAAUCAGAGGUUUCUACUUCUUCAUAACAUUACUCAACUAGGAAGCUGACUGAUAACCCAUGGCAGCCUUUUUUGCUAAUGACUACAACUCCCAGAUCAUGACCAAAGGGGGUUGCCCUUAUUGUGUUGAUAAGAAACUGAGAGAACCCCCAGUAUCCCGCCUUAUAGGCGUUUGAAUUGUCAUGUCUUUGAUGGCUGCAAAUGUCCUCCCCUGUAUCUUGACGUGAGAGCUGAAGUAUAUGAAAACCUAAUGACCGCAAAUUACAUCUUAAGGUGAUUUUUAUUUAUUUAUUGUCUCUUUGGGGGUGGGGAUCUGGGCGCAGCAGAGGAACUCACCUUUUGAUGCUGUGUUAUUCACAGUGUGAUGAAGAGAAAAUAUGGAGGGGGGGGUUGUUAGAAGUCAAUUGUGUAUAAUAAAAAUAUAAGAUUAUAAACCUUUUUUGUUCUCUUUUUGUAUUAAAAAUAUGCUUGCAGUAAACAA